UCACCUGCCAGCACGCACUCCCGGGCACUGUUCGGGUAGUCAGUCGGACUCAGUCUUGAGAGGCUGUUAGCAUCGUCAAAGUCAAUGUUGCCUCUUCGGUCGUUGGCCAAUCUUUGCACAUUUCUUGCCCUGGACCUUCCUCUCUUUUCUGCCGGGAAAUACAUCAAUACUACCAUUGUUAUCGUUUCCAACAAUGACCUCAACCCAUCGAACACGAAUCGAGCCAGCGCUCUUUUCCUGAAAAGCUCAAUGACUUGCGAGGAGGCACAGCAAUCAUGCGGUGAUUUGCAGGAAUCACUUCUACCAGCACCGAUUUCUACUGGCCUUACAGCAGAAAACCUGACUACUGCACUAACUUCUGAGAGGCACGGUGCUGCUCUUGAUUUGAACCAAAACAUCUGGAUUGCCGGUUCUGGUGGCUGCACAGUGUUUACCGUUGGCACCAGUCACACUUACGAAACCGACACCGACACGUCUCCUGAUUUAUCUAGUCGAUACCCUGCUUUAUGCACGAACUCCGCUCCACUGACACGUUCAAACGUUACUUCGUAUGACACCAGCCGCCAAAUUGAAGUUUCAACACCUUCUGCCGGUGUACUACGUGGUUUCCGCGAUAAGUUUUCGUUCCGGUUCUUGGGCAUCAAGUUUGCAAAAUCUCCUGCUGGUGCAGGUCGCUUCAAGCCGCCCAUUGCUCUGCAAGUCUCGAGAGACACCGUGCGGGAUGCCCUGGAAUAUGGUCCUCGCUGUGCUCAGCCACCGAACGUUGACAAUGGACAUAUGGUAUGGACAGAAGAGGAUUGUCUACAGCUGAAUGUGUACUCUCCAAUUGUUGUUCUUGGUGGACAAGCAGAACAGAGUACCUCAAAGCUUCCUGUUAUGUUCUUCAUUCAUGGCGGUGGUUUGAAUCAUGGUGACAGUGGACCAUUCCCCUACAACAUGACGACGAGUGGAUAUGUCGGACCUUCUACCUCGAACAUCUUUGAUGGGACAAACCUUGUCUCAUACGGAGGAGUCGUUCUCGUUACCAUAAAUUACAGGCUUACUACUCUGGGCUGGUUCAAUGCAUCCAACGCCGCCCUGAAAGACGCUUUGCUAGCUCUGCAAUGGGUGCAAGACAACGUCGAGGCCUUCGGCGGAGAUCCCACUCGAGUGCUCCUUUACGGCGAAUCAGCUGGUGGCUUUAUGACAAGAUACCUCCUCGGAACUAAUCCAAAAUACACGGAAGGCCUCUUCAGUGCUGCCAUUCUUGAAAGCGAUUAUGGCACGAGCAACCCUUUCUCUUCGCCUAAUGUAGCUCUCAAUACUUCUUUGCAACUCGCUAAACACGUCGGCUGCGCUUCCAACUCCUCUACAAGUCUCACAGGGUCAGACGUUGAGUGUGUGGCGAACGUGUCGGCCGGAAGCCUUGCAAUUGCUUCCUUUAAUCUAGGCAUAGCCUGGACUGUCGUUGUCGACGGGGACUACGUCCUAAACGACAUCGCUGGAAGCAUCAUGGAUGGCAUUUGCGCGCGCGUACCUACCAUUUGGGCUACCAACCAGUGCGAGUAUUGUUACUUCCUCCCAGCCACCCUCGCCCCAGACUCGCCUCCCUCUUCUUUCAUUUCUGAGCUCCCUAACUACUUCAACGAGACGCAAAUUCAGCGUAUCUUGAACCAGCCCGAGCUCUACCCUUACGAGACAGCAUCGUCCUCAAACGGCAUUUCCGGCGCUGUGCUACAACUGGCGCAGCUCCUUACGGACUGGUUCAUCCGCUGCCCCGAUACAAACCUAGCUUCUCUCGAGGCCAACACCACCAACCCCGGAAACGCAUAUAAGAUCCUCUUCGCUGUCGGCCUUGGAUCUACCAUAACUCCCAAUCCAGCAACCUGCCUCGGCCAGGUUUGUCACGCAGACGAACUCUACUUGGUGUUCGCGACAGCAGAGACCGAUAACCUCUAUCAACCGCUUACUGACUUCCAAGUUGCCGCAACGCAAGAAACCAUCAAACGCUGGACGUCUCUUGCAUGGACGGGCGACCCUAAUUAUGAGGGUGCUGCUGUUCAGUGGCCGCCUUAUACUGGGGAUAACGAGUUUGUUCUUGGGUCGACGGGGAGCAUUCAACCGUACCGUGUAGAUCAGUGUGAUUUCAUUCGUACUCAACUUGGCUUAGUGUAUGGGGAUGGAACGUACUGAUAUUAACAAGUUAACACGGUUGUACUUCACUGUCUGACAAUAGGAAAGCUCCAACGGGCAACAAAGUUGCACUGUUGCGUUUCGUUGUAAUUGAUAGCGCAUAGCACAUCUAGAAAUCAGAAUGC